AUGAGGCACGUUUAUUUGAUCAUGGAAUCGAUAUUAUUUGGUGACAACAACAAGGGCUUCCAAAUUGGAGUUAACCAUGAGCGACCGGAAACUCCGCCCAGUCCUCUAUCGACUGUCCCGUUCACGCGCGAUCCUGACUUUGUCAGUCGCGAUGUAGUUCUUGAUCGGAUUCACGAGAAAAGCUCAGUGCCAGGGUCCAGAAUAGCGCUGGUUGGCCUCGGCGGUGUCGGAAAAUCGCAACUUGCCAUCGAAUACUCCUACCAGGUCCGAUUACGAUCACCGGCGACAUGGGUUUUCUGGGUCCACGCGAGUAACGCAGCUCGUUUCGAGCAAAGUUUCCGAGACAUAGCGGACCAGCUUAAAAUCCCGGGGCGCCAGGAUCCGCAAGCCAAUAUAUUCAAAUUGGUCGAAAACUGGAUCCGGGAUGAGAAGAGAGGAAGAUGGGUUCUUAUCCUUGAUAAUGUCGAUGAUCAUGAGUUCCUUCACAAGUCUCCCGCGACAGGCCUAGAAGACCCGAAGAACAACCUAAUAAACGCCUCCACAAAGCCACUAUUGGAUUACCUCCCUAGAAGCUCGAAUGGAUCUGUCAUUAUUACGAGCCGGACUCGAGAGGUUGCAUUGAAAAUGGUCGAUUAUAGGGACCUUAUUGAAGUUAAACCGAUGGAAAGGUCCGAGGCGCUAGAGCUUCUCCAAAGAAAGCUUGAACAAACAGAGGAAAGCCAAGAGAGUCAACAGUUAGUGGAGGAGCUCGACUUCAUGCCGCUAGCGAUAGUACAGGCUGCUAGCUAUAUUCGUAAUCGGGCGCCUCGUUGUUCGGUACCGCAGUACCUGAGAGAAUUCCAAAAGAGUGACCGCGAAGCAACAAAGCUUCUGAAAACCGAGGCGGGCCACCUUUACCGCGACUGGGAGGCAAAGAACUCAAUCUUGGUGACGUGGCAAAUAUCAUUCGACUAUAUUCGUAAAGAAAAACCGUCUGCGGCGGACUUGCUUUCUCUUAUGAGCUUUUUCGAUCGGCAAGGGAUUCCAGAGAAACUUCUCCAGUUUCAGCCCGAGAACCAUCAGAUAUCAAGUUCUGGGCUUUUAAACGACUCUAGUGAUGAGGAGGAGGUAUCUGAUUCCGAAAUAGUCGACGAUUUUGAAGAUGAUAUUACAACACUAAGGGAUUAUUCAUUUAUCUCUGUUAGCAAAAACAGCGUCUUCUUCACUAUGCACCGGCUAGUGCAACUGACUACUCAUAUAUGGCUGAAGACUCAUGGUCAAACAGAGAAAUGGAAGGAGAGGUUUAUCAGUAACCUCUACUUCAAUUUUCCGACCGGUGAAUAUGAGGACUGGGAAAUAUGCCGACGGCUCUUUCCUCAUGUUAAAGCAGCGAUGUCGCAACGGCCAGAAUCACAUGAAUCUCUACGGAAAUGGGCUACGCUGCUUUAUAAUGGUGCAUGGUACGCGUCGCAGAGCGGUAUCCUCGCGGAUGUGAGGGAUAUGGCAUCAAAAUCAAGGAAGCAGAGGGUAAGACUAUUGGGUGCAGAACAUGAAGAGGCCCUGUCUAGCACUGCGAUGCUAGCGGCAGUAUACGGGCUUGAAGGCCAUUGGGAGGAAGCCGAAAGGCUCGAGGUGCAAGUUAUGGAGACUUUUAAGACGAAGCUUGGCGAGGGCCAUCCCAACACGCUGAUCAGUAUGUCCAACCUGGCAUCGACGUACAGGCACCAAGGCCGAUGGGAGGAGGCUGAGAAGUUCGACAUGCAGGUCAUGGAGACUUUUAAGACGAAGCUAGGCGAGGAUCAUCCCGACACGCUGACCAGCAUGGUCAACCUGGCGUCGACA